AACCUUACCUCUUCACCCGCCAAAACUAGUUGAGAUAUAUUUACAUAUCUACCCUUACACAACCAACAAAAUUACGCCCGUCACCACCAAACCAGUCAAUCCAUCCAUCAAACCGCCCACGAAAUGCUUCUCGGCAACAAAUCACCGGUAUUCCGGUCACCGGAAUCUUCAUCAAGCUCGAGCCUAGCAACCGUACGGUCACUAUACGACGACAGCCGAGACUUGAAUUGGGUUAGAAGAGGAACGACCGUGGCUUCGAUCCAUUCUUGAAACCCUGUCGGACCCAGCCACGCUCCGCUCAUUAUUCUCUGAAACGCAUCGUCCUCAAUGUCCAGCGAUAAUGAACCUCCUACCAUUUUUCCGAAUCUCUCCGACAAUGAAUCCGCGAUUUUCCGGCUGAGAAGGCCGAAAUCCACCGUCCGAAAAGCCACGGCCUCGUCAAGGAGACCUAAUGGGCACCUUGACGUGACAUAAGGCCCACAUUCAUUUUAACCAUUGGGCUCAGGCCCACAUGUGCGAUCUCAAAGACCGCUUCCUCAGCCGCCGUCGCAGAGCGUCCGCCAUGGCUUUCACGGUGUCCUCCCACAGAUACACUACGGCGGCCUUGGCCUUGACAGUUUUCGCCGUCUCCGUCUCCGUAUCCGUCGUCGUCUCGCGGUUUAGAUGGAGAAGAAGGCAUAGAAAUUUGGAAUCUAGGAUUAGUGAUCUUGAGAAAUCUCUCGAUUCCAUUACCGAAAAAUGUGCUUCUGAGAGACGAGGUCGUGUUAGGGCUCAGCAGGAAUUACGGGAGGCUUUAGCACAAAACCAGCCUCAUAAUUUAAACAACGCUUCCUACCCGAUGCGGCCAAUUGGCACCAUACAAUCUUGCUUCUCCACGAGGAAUGGGACACCCAGGCAGCCUUUGCUUGUUUCUCUAGCGAGGGCGUGCUUGACAUUUGAUCCGGCAUUGGUUCCUCCUGCAUCUCUUGAGGGUCUCGGCGAGUAUUCUUAUUGCUGGGUCAUAUACGUCUUUCAUCUCAACACCGAUAUUGAGAAGCUAUGGAGAAAACCAUCUCAAUCAAAGCUAAAAGCAAAGGUGAGAGUACCGAGACUGAAAGGCGGACGGAUGGGACUCUUUGCUACUCGUUCUCCUCACCGUCCUUGCCCAAUAGGUCUCACUGUCGCUAAGGUGGAGGCAAUCCAAGGGCAUAUGAUGCUGCUCUCUGGUGUGGAUCUUGUGGACGGGACUCCGGUGCUUGACAUCAAGCCUUACUUACCGUACUCUGACAGCAUUGAAGGAGCCAGAGUGCCAGAAUGGGUAAAGGAGGAUAGUUCAUUGGCUGUGGCCUCUGUUAGUUUCUCGGACACAUUCUCUUCCUCUAUCGCCAAUUGCUGGAAAGUGAUAGAAAAGAACUCUCUGUACGCAUCGAUAGACGAGUUCAAGAGCUUGAUCGAGCAGGUCCUGUCUUGGGACAUACGAUCAGUGUCCCAACGGAUCAAACCACAGUUCCCGGAGAACGGAACCGACAAUUUUGCAUCAGGGCGUGAUGGAGACGUCGUUUAUCACUUGGCUCUGGAGGGACUGGACGUGUCUUACUCGAUAGAUUCUGACAGUAACAUAGUCGUGGAAGAUGUUUCUGUUCCAAAUAACUUGGGAGAUGGUAAGAGGAGAGAAGGCUGCAUUAGCUACAAUAAAUGGCGACCGCAUCUCUAGCAGAUGAAUUUCUGUGUUGUUUGUUCUUUAUGGAACUCAUACUGUUGUAUGAUGAGAUCGUGAUUCCUUUGGGAAAAAAAAAAUGAGAAAUAUGUUUUUUUCUACCA